CCCGUGCAGAGAACAUCAAACAGGACUGAAAAUGGCUUUGAAGAAACGAAGCACGAAGUCGCAAGGAGAACAACUUUAUAUGCUCGAGGUAAUGAUCGAUAAGAUAACUUUGAAUCCUGAACAAACAUCGGACAUUAAUAUCGAGGAUUUGAUCAUUUGCGUGAGAUUCAGUGAUCUACCAGAAUGCGAGAUAAGUGUUCCUAUCAAGGAGAUCGAGCCUAAGAAAGUCGCUGAAGAUGGUAAUUCCGAUGAUUUUGGGUAUGGGAAAACGUGUUUGUUUAGUAAAACACCCAGCUGCCUUAUCAGAGCUAUGAGAUGGUCACCUUUGUGCUUGGAAGUGUAUCACAAAGGGACCUCUUCCACGAAGGAAGAUCGUGUUCUUCUAGGUACAGUGAAGAUAUCCUUGCCUGCCUGUAUGUGCAAUUACGUGGCGAAAGUUCCAAAAGAAAACAAAGCGUCGUCCACACCGUGCGAACAGAAAGAUACGUUUGACCUAAUUGAUCCUGGUAGCAAAGUGUUUGGUAGCGUAUCUGUGGUUCUCCGAUUGUCCUGUUUCGGUAGCUCUAUCGUUAAACAGUUCUCGUUAAACGAAAAGUCUUUUGUCCUGGAGGAUUCGCCGCUGCAGAAAUUUCUGUGUCCUUAUCUUUCACCUGAAGAUAAAAACAACGAGAAAGAUCCGAAGAAUGAAGAUGAUAAACCUUUGCUGAAGAGACCAGAAUCUCCGCCACGAGUCACAAUGAAAGAUCCUGUCUUUAAAACUUUGACCUCAGCGGAAAAAUUAAACGAUCCUGAGUAUAGAGAGUCAAUUUACAGAGCGUAUCCAAACGAACCAACUUGCUCCUGUCUACCACCGAAUCGGUCGACGCAUCCUAUGAAAUGUCGUUCAGGUUGCACUCGUCCUUGCUGUAUGAGGCUAAGGAAUCCCAAUAUACUGACCACGCAAAAAGGCAAACGUGUUAAUAACACAUUGGCUAAAACUUAUUGUGUCAGAGAUCACUUGCCUAUACCGGAAGAAGAUAGAACAUGUGAUAACCCGACUAGAUUGAGAGGUGGUGGCGACCUUGAACAGCUGUACAUAGGUCCUACUAGCAUGAAAUGGACCGACAAUGAAACAGAUUACACCUGGUACGAUGAGAAAUAUAAUACUGAACCCCGACUGGAAGGGGGAGGAGAAAUCAACAUGUCCAGCUGCACUUGUUCCGGUGGCACGGUGCCAGUUCCGCUUAGAUCAUCGUCGUCCAAGGGCAGAGACAUGGUAACCACUUUUGAUGCUUGCAAGCCUCGUAUAACACCGACUGGACCGAAGCCCACUUGCAUUUGCCCAGGAAAGGAAACACCAACUUGGCCUAGGGGUGCUGCUCGAUGCAUGAAGAAACCGUGUAUGGGGAUAGAUUGUUUGAUACGAGCUUUCGAGGAUGCUCAGGAAUUCGUCAAUUCGAUUGGAAAGGUGCCAGGUCUGCCUGGACUUGGUCUAAUGGAUCCAUCGGAGAGCCCUUACUUUGGCCGGGACAUUGACAAGGACUAUGUUACUCAAGAACAGUCGCAGGAACCUCAGAAAAAGAAGGCGCAAUCUGGGACUCCGCAAAAAGCAGAAGCUUCAACUCCAAGAUGCACUGGUCCCUGCAGUUUGCCAGUAACCAAACCACCCGAUGAUAUUCGUACUCGAAUGCCUGCGCCCUAUACACCUGCCACUACCGUAGGGUUACAGAUACCUCCACGCUUGGGAAUUGUACGGGAAGCGAUACCUGUUUUACCUGAGGCCGGUUCAACGGCCGGAAGCGUAAAACAGAGAAAGGCGCACGAGAAGAGGGAUGAAAAGGGAGACAAGCACAAGGAGCUCGAUCCUAAAUUACCUGCGCCGAUAGACGUGGAAGUGGGACCUUGCGGUGAACCUAGGUGCAAAUCUAGGAGGAAGAAGCCUGGGGAUACAGCGAGCGUAAGCCAAAGUGCUAUUUCCAUCUCCACGAAAGCUCGAGCCGGUGCGAAGAAGAAACCCAAGUCGCGUCGCAAGGGAAAGGCGGCUAAAGGAAAAGGAAAGAAAGGUCGUCGUGGAGAUCAAUCUGGGAGUCCAUCUGGAAGUCCAUCUGGCAGUCCACAAACCAGUCCAUCCGGCAAACACCAGAAAAUUGGAAACAUUCCUCGUGGGAAGACUGACUACAGAGAAGUCGAAAAGGGUAUGUACAACCGCCCCAAAGAAAUUUCUCCAGGACCCGGUGGUGAUCUCAACCCUAUUUCGCACCCCGAAAUCACCGUCAGCAGACGAGUAAUGCGAUACGUUUACUUCGUCGGCGAUUACUACCCCGGAAUAGUGUACGGUCAUAAGAACUGUAUCGACGUACCUAUGAGGGUGCCAGCAAACAUGGGUUGGUUAUGGAACAGCAUGGCCACGGCAGGAAAAUUGAAGCCACGUAUCGGUUGGAAACCUGGAGCCAUUGGUCGUUAUCUAUACGAAAUGCUGCAAGAAGCAAAAGAGAAUACAUUAGCUUCUGACGAUUCCAUUACGAGCUUAACAAGAACCAGGGGAAAAACCGAUCGUGGAAAAGGGGGCGCUGAUCGUGGAAGAGGAGGAGCAGAUCGCGGUAGAACGAGAAUGAUACGCGGAAAACCGGAACGCGAUAGAAGUAGAACUGAUCGAGGAAGAACGCGAGAUGCGACUGAUCGUACCAGAUCAGCACCAUCAAGGGGGGGAAAGGGCUCGCCCAGAAGACGAGAUGAUAAAACCAGAGGUUUCCAAACGAUGGAGCAAAUGAACAUGGAGGACGAGGAAGAGGAUAUGGAAUCUCCGCCAACUUUACACAUUCAUAGGAAAGAUGGUACUUACUACGUGACAAUGUAUCCCAUCAGACAAGAAUCACCCGGUGAGGCACGUCUAACCGAACCCAUGAAACCGCUUCAAUUCAAAAUUGUCAAGAACAAAGACGAUGCUUCGGUUGCGUCUAGUUCAACAGCGUCUGACAUGGAAAUUGAAUUUUCGCCUCCUGCCGCUGUCAGUAGGUACCGCAAAAAGCCAGAUGUCGUUCAUGUCGAUACGCAGGUUCGUCAGCAAGAAAUUCUGGAUGCGAUUAAAGCGCAACUUACUAAAAAGAAGGAUAAAAGAAAACAGAAUGUUACAGAUACGCCUAGAACUGACUCUGGUAAGAAAGGAGAUAAGAAACAGCAAGAAAUGGAUUCUAAAUCGGCAAAAGAUAAAAAGAAAGACUCGGCAAAGAAGGAAAGAAAAGCUAAGAAAUAAAAAUGGCGAUUCGAGGUUGUUAAAUUACUACUUUGAAUA